UACUUUUCAUGCGUACGGUAUUGAGUUGCCGUAAAAAUUGCUGGCUGCAAAUAAGUGUUUCACUUAUCUCUAAUCGUGCUUAUGUUGUGAUACAAGAUAGAGAAGCCCCCAUAUAUAAAUGUGUAUUGUUAGAUGAGUAUUCAGUAGUAGUUCAUAAUAAUCAUUCGGCAAGGCGUUUACAACAAUCGAAGAUGAAAAGCGCUUUUGUUUUGGUGGCUUUAGCCAUCUAUUGGCAGAAAGCUAUCAGCAUUGAAGCAUUGGCUCUCUAUUGCAACUAUUUCCACAAGAAAUAACACAAAAGGAUUUCCAUUCGUUUCCUUGAAAUCCGUUAGUGAUGGCAAUACCUCAUCAACUGGUGUCCCUUACUUAUACUUAACUGAUAUGGAUGUAACUGGACAGGACGUUUUAGAAAACGAUAAGGUAACAAUUAUGGCUUCUUUGGCUCAGUCUGACUAUUGCACUACGAAAGGCUAUGAUCCUCAGGAUCCUCGUUGCGCUAAAGUGAUGAUAUCGGGAACUGUUGAAAAGUUGGCGAAUACAACAGAAGAAUUCUUCGUUGGGCAAAAGGCACUUUUUGAUAGACAUCCAGAAAUGAAAAAAUGGCCAGAUAACCAUGGGUUUUAUGUCGCCAAGGUGAACCCAUCCGAUAUUCUAGUUUUGGACCAUUUCGGAGGCGCUGAAAGCGUAACUGUAGAAGACUACUUUAAUGCCAAUUUGACGAACAUUAUUGACUUAGAUGCCUACUUUCGUGCGGUUGCAGUGGUGAUCGUAAUGGCAUAGAAUUGUCGACUAUAAUUGUAAAUAAAUUCCAUCCAUGGCCAA